UCAUUUUAAAGUAAAUGGAACAAAAAAGCCUUUACACCAAGCUUCUUUCCAUUCCUAUUCCAAAUUCUGUAUAUUUUGCAAGUUCUGAUAUCUAAAGAAAACAAAGAAAUAUCUAAAGAAAACAAAGAAACCUUUGUUUAAAUUCAAACCCCCUUUUAAGUGACUAAUGUAUUUUAUAUGUAAUACAGGAUUGGAUGACAGAGCCUGUGCCAAACACUCCAGGCAGGCCUUCUUAACAAGGACUUCCUGUUACCAACUAGCUCCAAUGAAAAUGAUCUUUCUUUAAUCUAAAGACUGGGUGGUUAACAGGCAAAACCGGAUUCUCCAGGUGUGAAGUAAGCAAUUUGUCCUUUCAGCAAAAAGACAAUUUUAUCUCUAACUUAUUUGGUCUCAUAAUUUGGCUUUCAAUUAACUUAACUAUCUGAAAACCAUACAGAAACUGCCUGUAAGCUAUAAGAUAGAAACUUAAAUAUUUGAUCAAAACAUUACAGGUGAUACUCAGUUUUUCUCUCAAAGGCAGAACUCCAACACCGCAGGCGGAAAAGCAACAAAAGGAACAAGAUCAAAGGCAUCAUUUUUACAACAUCCUUGACUGGAUCAUCAUUCAAGAACAUCUCACUGACCAUCUCCAGUGAUGGCAAGCUUACUGACUCAUGAAGCAGUUCAUUCCAUCUCGGAACACCUCUACUUGUUUGAAGAGUCUUCCUUAUACUAAAUUAAAACUAUCUCCAUGUAAUUUCCAUCCAGUGUCAUUUGGAGUUAUGCCAAAGAAGUAGGAGGAUUUCCCCUAGGACGAAAAGAGGGAAGAUGAAGGACCGACUUCAAGAACUAAAACAACGAACAAAAGAACUCGAACUCUCUAGAGACAGGCAUGUGCCAACUACAGAAGGAGAGGAACAAGGAAUGUUUCUGCAGCAAGCUGUUAUUUAUGAAAGAGAGCCUGUAGCAGAGAGACACCUACAUGAGAUCCAAAAGCUACAGGAGAGUCUUAACAAUUUGACAGAUGGUGUUCAAAUAUUUGGGCAGCAACAGAAAAGUCUGGUGGCUUCAAUGAGAAGGUUUAGUCUACUUAAGAAAGAGUCUAGCAUUAUAAAGGAGAUAAAAAUCCAAGCAGAACACAUAAUGAGAGGUUUGGAUAAUUUAGUAAAAGAAGCAAAAAAAUCAGAGGCUGAAAAUGGUCCGUCAUCAGUGGUCACAAGGAUACUUAAAUCUCAGCAUGCUGCAAUGUUCCGCCAUUUUCAGCAAACUAUGUUUAUAUACAAUGACACAAUAGCAGCAAAGCAAGAGAAGUGCAAAACAUUUAUUUUCCGUCAGCUUGAAGUUGCUGGAAAAGAAGUACCUGAAGAAGAAGUAAAUGAUAUGCUUCAGCAAGGAAAAUGGGAAGUGUUUAAUGAAAAUUUGCUUACAGAAAUCAAUAUCACUAAAGCACAACUUUCAGAGAUAGAACAGAGACACAAGGAACUUGUUAAUUUGGAAAAUCAAAUAAAGGAUUUAAGGGAGCUUUUCAUUCAGAUAUCUCUUUUAGUAGAAGAACAAGGAGAAAGCAUCAACAAUAUUGAAAUGAUAGUGAAUGGUACAAAAGAGUACGUUAACACUACUAAGGAGAAAUUUGGACUAGCUGUAAAAUAUAAAAAAAGAAAUCCUUGCAGGGUACUGUGUUGUUGGUGUUGUCCAUGCUGUGGCUCAAAAUAAAGAAGCUAUUUUAGAAAUGUU